UACACAUGUGCGGCCGUCAGUUGCAUUCCGGAAGACGCAUAUCGGCGGACUUGCACGUUCUUCGGAAGUGCAACGCUUGUACGUUUUGGAGGCUCAGCACUGGAAACGAUGAGCAGGGACUCAGACGGUAAUAAAGAGUUCCAUGAGCAGCUCCGUUUGCAGCAGCUGUAUGGACAGAGGCGAGAGGUUGGAGAAGAUCCAUACACAUACGUCGACCCAGAAGACGGCACUGUGUACGACUGGGACCAUGAAAAGAGAGCAUGGUUUCCAAAGGUAAAUGAUGAUUUCAUCGCAGCAUAUCAAGCAAACUAUGGCUUCAAUGAGGAAGGGGCCCCUGAUCCAAGUGCUGCGGUCCCUGUCACUGACUUUCUCCCUGCCAAACCAGAGGAGCCCAAGAAACCAGAAGAACCCAAGAAACCAGAAGAACCCAAGAAGCUGGAGGAGAGCUCAAACCAGGAAAAAACUAAGGAGGGAGCUCAGAAAGGAGAGAAGAGGAAAGCAGAUCCAGGAUGGUUUGAAGUUGAAAAGGACAAAAACACCAAUGUUUAUGUGACAGGUCUUCCUCCAGACAUAACUCCUGAUGAGUUUGUGGAGGUCAUGUCCAAAUGUGGAAUUAUCAUGUGUGAUCCUAUCACAGAAGAGUAUAAAAUCAAGCUCUACAAGGACAAGGACGGAAACCAAAAAGGAGAUGGACUUUGCUGCUACCUGAAGAAAGAGUCUGUAGCUCUUGCCGUGCGGCUUUUGGAUGAGACAGAGAUUCGGGGCUACCAGCUGCAUGUGGAAGCAGCGCGAUUCGAGCUCAAAGGACAAUAUGAUGCCAGCAAGAAGAAGAAAAAGAACAAAGAAUACCGUAAAAAGCUCCAGCAGCAACAAAAGCAGCUGGACUGGAGGCCGCAGAAAGUUGCGGAAACUCGAAAAAGGCAUGAAAAAGUCGUCAUCAUCCAAAACAUGUUUCAUCCCAGUGACUUUGAGGAGGAUCCGUUGGUUCUGAAUGAGUACAGAGAUGAUCUACGGACAGAAUGUGAGAAGUUUGGGCAAGUGAAGAAGGUCAUCAUCUUUGAUAGGCACCCUGAUGGAGUGGCAUCCGUGGCUUUUAAAGAACCUGAAGAGGCAGACAUGUGUCAGACGGCUCUGAAUGGACGCUGGUUUGGUGGGAAGAAACUAUCAGCACAGCUGUGGGAUGGUGUAACUGACUACCAGGUUGAGGAAACCUCACGAGAACGAGAAGAGAGACUGAAAGCCUGGGGUUCUUUCCUGAGUAACGAGAGUGCGUCUGUCGAAGCUAAAGCGGACCCUUCAAAAGCAGCUGAACAACAAAAUUCCAGCACACAAGAAGCAGCAGAACAGACUCGACAAGGGGAACAUGCAAACGAAAGCACCGCAAAACCACAGGAGGGGAAAGAUGAGAAGGAGGAGGAGGAAGAAGGAGUAGCGUCGACCGAUAGCAGUUUAGCAGGAAGUGAUAAUGAGGAUGCGUAGAUGUUGAGAGAAAAGAGGACUUGUUUAAUGUCUCUUGCUAAAACAUCUUCACACUAAUUUACAGUGUUUUCUUUUAAUUGUUUAUUCCCAUGACAUGUCUGCAUUUCACCAUAUCUCCCCCCCCCCAGUCCUUUGUGCUAAUGUGUGUCAUUGAAUCAAUUUGAACAUCUGUUAAUAGUUUUAUAGUAAAAAACAUUUUGUGA